AUGGCGUGCUACUAUCUUGUCAUCAGCUCCACGCACCUCAGCAAUGGCCAUUUCCGAAACAUUAAGGGAGUUUUCAGGGGUCCCCUCUGCAAGACCGCCGGGAAUGAAUCGCCGGAUUAUGCAGAGAAAGAGAAAGCUAUAGCCAAAGCUCUGGAAGACCUGAAGGCUAAUUUCUACUGUGAAUUAUGUGACAAACAGUACCACAAGCACCAGGAGUUUGACAACCACAUAAAUUCCUACGACCACGCUCACAAGCAGAGACUGAAAGAGCUGAAACAGCGAGAGUUUGCGCGGAACGUAGCGUCUAAGUCCUGGAAAGACGAGAGGAAGCAGGAGCGCGCUCUCCGUCGUCUGCACCAGCUGGCAGAGCAGAGGCAGCAGUCUGACUGUGGUCCAGGAAGUGGUCCAAAGUUCAGAACCACAACAGUCUCAGCUAAAGCCCAGCAUCAGGAUAAGGUGCUGUCAGAGAAGGACCAUGCGGUGGACCACAGACCCGUUCCUCUGGCCCCAGGGGGCGUCUCCAAAGCCUCCAGGUGCCCACCGGACCUGCCCACCCACCGAGAGCAGCACCACAGCCACAAGAGGCCCUCGCAGUCGGCCUGCGACUACAGUCACCAGCGUGCCGGGGUCUCCUUCUGCUUCUCCAGGAAAGCCCAGCUGAAGCUGGAGUCCUCCGCCUCUGUCUUCAGCGAUGGCCUGGAGGAGGCCAGUGACAGGGAGGAGCUCCAGAGGCAGAGGGCCAGACAGACGCUGGAGGCGCUCUGGUCCCGCACACCCUCGCUGGGGGAGCUGGCAGCGGACAGUGGUGAAGAUGAGGAGCACAAAGAGGCACGGGCCCAGAAGGCCGGGCAUCAGGAGGGGCAGAAAGGUGUCGAGUCCUGCCAAAACGACGGCAGCGCGGCGUGCAGAGCAGCGGACGAGCCAGGGUGUCGAGUCACGGCUUCCCCCAGCUCUCUUGAUGAAACUCGCUUAGGUGACACGCCAAGAGAGUUUAACCACAGGCCUGGGCCAGAGGGGGAAUUUAAUGAGCGCAAGAUGAGCUGCUCUCUUUCUCUAAGAGGCAGCAUAUUGACCACAGAUCAGCCAGCUGAGGCAGAACCUGGCCUUCAGGAAUCUCCUUGGUUUCAGCGGGGCACGGAAACAAUCAACGAUUCAGACAAUGGCAGAAUAGAGGAAGAGCCUCUGGGGAGAGUAUAUGAUGUGGCAGAUGAAAAGCAGAUCGGUAAUCAUAUUUCUUUCUUAAACGUCCUCAGCAAAGAUGGAGUGACUAUGCUGAAGUGGCCCACAGAGCUGCUGCAGUACACAAAGUCCAAACCCUGCGUCUCCUACAGCUGUAAUCCUCUUUAUUUCAAUUUCAAACACUCCAGGAACAGACACAAAUCGAACAAAAGCACAGAAGCAGCAGGUCCAGAUCACUCAGAUGUGGAGAGUGAUGUCAGGGAGGGUGAAGGCAGAUGGUCAUCCCAUGUCCGAAGACAAAAAGGACAAAAUAAAUUAGGUGUGCCAAAACCAAAGAAAACCAAAAGUCACAAAGCUAAAAAAACCCGGAACCUUAAGUCAAAACCUAUUGCUGAGCUGAACACGAGUUGUAUGCACAACACCAGCUCACACACAGAAUCUGUAGGAGCCUUUGAAUGCGCACCCCCCAAUGCACUUCAAAACAAUAAACAUGCAAGCAUGAAGAGGUACAGACUUGGCAAGAGAAAAAGAUCUCUAAAGGACAACGCCUCAAAUGAAAGUGAUGAAUACAGUUUGAAGAGCGUUAUAAGCCCAGUUUGCACUUUGCUGAGCAAAAAGAAAAGGCGGCAGUCCCUCAUUCUGGUUGCGUCAAACCUCACAGAGGAAUUCUCCCCCUUGGCAGAGAAGGAAGACUAUUUAGCGUAUCACUGGGAUGCAGGCGAUUCCAGAAGAGGACACAGUGCAACGUCCAUCAGCGAGAAAUCGGGGUCCUGCAGUAGUUUCUCCGAUCUGAAUUCAGAUAGCGAGGGGGCUUCCUACAGGUAUGUGAAGCAACCUUCCUCCUCUGGGUCCAAUUACAGGCCAUCGCUGAGGAGGGACUUCAGCUGCUCACAGGCCCAUGGGCACAAGCCCAGUUGGGGCGGCAUGCGAUCAAGGAGGCCGACAGAAAAGCGUUCUGGAAGCGAACGAAAGGAUACCAGCGCCGAUAGAAACAAAACCCCCCCCGGGAUCUCAGAGUGGCCUAGUGUUGAUGAGCCAGAGGGCUCACGCAAGUGGAGCCGGGAUGCGAAACAGAGUAGGACACAAGGGCGGAGCGGCCAGCGCAGCGCCAGUUCCUGCAGCAGCAGCAGCAGCACCUUCGACAUUAGCCACCAGCGGGCCGGUGGCAGCCUUCAGGCCCUACAUGCCGCUGCCAAAAGAGGCCACAGCGUUAGUCGGUCCCGGUCACGGUCCAGGCUCCGUGGGUUGGGACUGGUGACCGCUGACAGUGGGCUCCAUGAGACAGAGUUUCAGUCUGUCUCCAGAGACAAGCUCUACUUUUUCAGACCCCCAUCCAUCACAGCCACGGGGACAGUGAAGGGCAUCAGAGAUCAGACUGGCCUGCAGAGCAUCAGCAGAAAGAGAGCGGGCACCCCUCCAAACAUCAAUGCUACCCAUCGACCCGAGGAGCAGUUUCCAGGUGACAAAAACUUUGCGGGGAGAAAAAUCAACAAUAGUUUGUCUCUGCCAUUGAUAGGGAAGUUUCCCGCUGUCAAAAAGAGCACUAAGAAGGGGGUGAGCGGCAAGUUUCAAAGUAACCUCUGCAACGGCCAAGGAGGGGCAGCCGGCAGCACAGAUGGCCUGGGGGGGACGUGCUGCCCUGGACCCCACCCCCCGGCACCUGGAAACUCAGGCCUCUUCCCCCUGUCCUCACAGAGAGCAAAACCAAGGCCUGAGGUCAUGCAGACUGACAGGCAAUCACCGCAACCCAAUGGAACAGGUGAGCUUGGUCAGUUGCCUGAGGUGUUUUCAUCUGAGGCAAACAUCCUAUCCAUUUAUUCAGCAGAAAGGGAAAAAAUAAACACUGUGCACCACUGCCAGGGGCAAGAGACCUGGAAGUCGGCAUUUGACACCGGUAUAGACUGCACAGAGGAGUCUGAAAGCCUUCCAGAGAGGGCGCAGAAGUGCGUCUCCCCGCCUCUGACCGAGCAGCCGAUCACGUUCACCCCAGAGGAGAUUGAUAAAUAUAGGCACCUGCAGCUCCAGGCCCAACAGCACAUGCAGCAGCAGCUGCUGGUGAAGCAGGUGAAGGGGAUCCCGGAGACCCCGCUCGACGAGUCCAGCCUGAGCCCUGCCUCCCAUCAAAACCCCAACCUUCUGCCCACGUUCCAGCCGGUCCCCCUCCAGCAGCCAGGCCCCAGCCUGCAGCACGCGCUCCUGCACCACAGGGCCCUCGCGGCCUUCGCCUCUUCCCUCCACCCACACUCCACCCACCAGCGCUUGGCCCACCACCUCCACCCGCUCCCCCAGCCCCACUUCACGCCCAUCUCCAUCUCCCACAUGGCGGCUGUGCUCCCUGCUCACCCCCCUGCCUUGCUGCCAGGCCAUCCACUCCACUUCAUCCCUGCCUCUGCCUUGCACCCUGCUCAUCUGGCCCUCCACCCGCUGCCUCCCGGCUCCCUCCUGCCGACCUUGCUAGCUCCCGCCACCGCCGCCUCCACCCUGCACCUCCGCCCCCUCCUUCACCCCCUUUUCCCUGGACAGGAUCUGCAGCCCCACUCUGGCCCCAACAGUUAG